AUGGAGCAGCCUGGGCUGUGGCCCCCAGUGUACGGAGCCCGAGGGCCCUCCUCCCACAUACACCCACAACACCCCGCUGUGUACUCCCGCUCGCAGUUUCUACGGCAACAGGAGCUGUACGCUCUCCAGCAGCAUCAACAGCAUCAUCAUCUGCAGCAGCAGCAUCAACACCAACAGCAACAGAGUCACCAGUCACACCCCCAGUCACACCCCCAGUCACACCCCCAGUCACACCCCCAGCCACAGCCACAGCCACAGCCACAGCCACAGCCACAGCCCCAGCAGCACCACAGGGCAGCACAGACCAUGGAGCUUCAACACAGACCCAACCACGCCCAGGUGCAGAAGAGACCAGAGUCAGUGGAGUUGGAGGAGCUGCUCUCUGAGCCACCAGGUUCUAAACCUUCCAAACCCUACUCCUUACCACAGAAACACCCCCACCCCGGGGCCUGCACUGCUCACCUGUCCCCCUGCUGCCAGUCCCAGUCCCCCACCCUGCGCCCCCACCCUAAGAGCACCCCAUCCACCCCCUGCCCCGCCCCUAGCCCGGCAGCCGCCGCCCCUCGGUCUCCGGAAAUCAGUCCCGCCCCCCCACAGCUGCCAAAAGGGGCGGAGACCCAGGACAAGAGAGGAGAGGGACAGCCCCUGCAGGAUUACCCACAAUCCCUGGAGCCUGACUUGCCUCCUGGAUACACCUACCCUGCCAUCGCCAUGGGUUACAGGAGCUGCACAUCGCCCCACGAUGUCCGAUUGGCCGAGCCAGCUGACCUGGAGGCGGUCCAGGUGGAGCCUGCUGAGAAUGCUCCCCAGCCUCUCUCCAGCCUCGGGGCGGAGCUAGAGUGUCAGGCCAUGGUGAGGCCCCUCCCACACCAGGAAGUGGAGGAGGAAGAGGAGGGGCAAAAGGAAGAGGAGGUGCAGAGAGAGGAGGUGGAAGCCAGAGAAGCAGCAGGCAGCUGUGGACCUCCAGAUCAGGAGCAUAGGGAGGAGCAGGAGGAGGAGGUGUCAGUGUGUCCUCCUGCAGAGAGCCGUGUGUGUGUGACCGCCUCCUGUCCCAUCCCUAUCCCCCUCUCUGAGGAGGAGAACCACAGAGAUGACCCCACCUCCACCCUGGAGGAGCAGGAGGAGGAGGUGUCAGUGUGUCCUCCUGCGGAGAGCCGUGUGUGUGACACCGCCUCCUGUCCCAUCCCUAUCCCCCUCUCUGAGGAGGAGAACCACACCUCCACCCUGGAGGAGCAGGAGGAGGAAAAGUGCAAGGUGGAGAGAGGACAGCAGCAGGAGGUGGCAGGAGAACAGGAGGAGCAGGACUCCACCAUCAUCGACCUGGACCCUCCCUGCCCUGCCCAGCCCCACCAGGAGGCACAUACUGAGGAGGAAGAGGAGGGAGGAGAGGAGGAGAGUACUCCUAAUGAUGACAACCACUCAGUAGAGUUGGUGUGCCUCUCCCCCUCCUCUCCCUCUCUGUGCCCCAGCCAGUCUAUCAUCACCCUCUCCACCCCCCUGAAACCCAUUGUGCCUAGUUACUGGAGCCUAGAGCUGCUGAUCGCUGCGGCCUUCUGUGCCGAGGUCCCUCCGUUUCCCAUGCUGGCCUCCAGCACCCUCCAGCCCCAGGCCUGUGACACCCAUCCCUGCCCCAGCCACCCCCACCACGGCAUGGAGCUGCUCAGCGAGCUGGCCGACCUGGAGCUCCAACAGCACCGACACAACACAGGAGAGAGCCAAGGAGAGGAGAUGUUGAUCUUUGACCUCCAGAGUCUUGCCACCCUGGCAGCAGCCCGUGCCUUGGAGCUGGGUGCCCAGGAGGGUAGCGGGGAGGGUGCCGGGCGGCACUACCCGGCCCGCAAGACCCUCAACCUGCGCAGGAAAUACAGCUGGACACCUCGCCACGAACCGGCAUGCCCGGCCAAGGGCACCAUGGAGAGGAUGGAGGGUCCGGAGCUGGCCAUGCGGGUGAAGCUGGCAGAGCUCCAGAGGCGCUACAAAGAGAAACAGAGGGAGUUAGCCAAGCUACAGAGGAAGCAUGACCACCAGAAGGAGGAAACACCUCGCAGCCCUGCUCGUAGAGGACCGGGGCGGCCCAGGAAACGUAAAUCAACCCCCACCGCUGGCCCAGGCUCCUCCUCUGAGACCCAGAGGAAAGUCAAGUCGUUAGGGGCGGGACUUGGCCUGUCGCCCGAGGACCUGCUGGGAGGAGGGGGUGGGGACGCCCAGAGGAAAAAGAAGAAGCUGUCCAAUCGGGGCUUUGAGCGGCUCGGCGCGGCAGAGAUAAAAGUGCAUGGCAGUAGCAGAAAGAGUGUCCUCCACGGUGUCCUCAGCUCUAAGCUGGCCCGUGACGUGGCCCAUCAGCAGCUCAGACAGCACAAGGCCCAGGGCGGGAAGAGGACUGGGAUGGGGGUGGGACCACGGGAUAAGGAGGAGGCGGCCUCUGCGGCGAGCUCUGCCCCAAAGCACCAUGGACAUCGAGGCCAGGCCACCUCCAAGGCCGAGUCCAGACGAGUCAUCAACGAGUCCGGCGGUCAGAGUGACACAGCAGCCAGUGCAGACAGCGGCGGCCAGGAGGGCUGGACGGGGACCCCGCUGAUGAUGCGUGGGGGCAGGAGGAAAGGGAUGGGUGGAGCUCUCGGGGUCCAGGGGUCCGCACGGCUGCAGCAGCCCAGGGCCAGGGUCCUCCGAGCCAGGAGUCAGGAAGCCAUGGAGGGCGGAGAGACCUCCCCUACAGAGAGUGAAUCAUCCAACCAGGAAGACGAAGAAGAGGAAGGAAGUUUUGACAGUGACGAAGGACAAGACAUCAAAGCACAACCAUCCCGAGACGUCUCUUCAUGCUCCACUGUGACUGGACCAUCCCCCUCGUCUGUCGUCAAGCUGGAGGCCAAUCAGAAAGCCCGGAACAAAAAAGAGAGGCAGGAGCUUUAUGGUUCCCAGAGUCUGUCUGGGGCAGAGGGAGAGGUAAAGGUGAGGAAGAGGGCCCCCUGUAGGCUUGGCAUGGUCACUGCAGCCAAGAAGCACCCAGAGUACCAGGACCAGUCAGAGGGGAUGAGGAGGGCCGGCGGACCCAGGUCCCAGGAGCCUCGCCGGGAGAGCCUAGGGACCAGGGGCAGCCUCUACCGGAGGACCAUGGGGCCGGUCACCUUCCCCACCACCAGUGAGAGGCUGAAGAGGGCCACACGCAAGAGCACCAUGCUGAGGGGACCCAUUAACAAGAGGAGAGGUUGCUGGUCAGGCGGUGUCCAAUCACCUCAGAGUGACGACAACACGUGCAGGGGGAGGAGGAUCCGAAACAAACAGCCCAAGGGCCGUGCAGUGAGCCGUCUACUAGAGAGCAUGGCGGCGGACGAGGGCUUUCAGAUGGAUGAGGAUGAUAGCAGCUUCUCAGAGGGGGAUGAGGACAGUAACCCAUCAUACCCUCACAUCCCCAGGAGUACACUAGCAGCCCCCAGCUGUGUCCUGACCAGACAGCUGCUGACAGAUGGACUCAGGGUGCUGAUCUCCAAGGAGGAUGAACUUCUCUAUGCAGCCCGGGUCCACACACUGGAGCUGCCAGACAUCUACAGCAUUGUUAUUGACGGGGAGAGAGGAAAUCGCCCCAGAAUCUACUCACUGGAGCAACUGCUGCAGGAAGCGGUCCUGGAUGUGCGUCCAGAGACAGAGUCGGUGCUCUCUGAGGGGACGAGGGUGUGUGCCUACUGGAGUGAACGCUCUCGCUGCCUAUACCCAGGCAACAUACGUCAAGGUGGUUCCGGGGAGGAGGGGAAGCAGGGAGGUGUAAUGGUGGAGUUUGAUGACGGAGACAGGGGGAGGAUCUCCCUCCUAAACAUCCGCCUCCUCCCCCCGGGCUACCAGAUCCACUGUGCGGAGUCGUCCCCUGCCCACCUGGUGUCUAGCGGCCGGGCGGCUCGGAGGAGCUUCAGUCUGGAAAAAGCCCCCCUGAGUGAGAGAGUCUCUGAGAGACAGGCCAGCACAGAGCCAGUCAGGAGACGACCAGGGAGACCCAAAGGUUCAGGGAAGAAGAAGAACCUGUCAGACAGCACCAAUAGGAACGCAGCCCCUCCGCUCAGCUGGCCGGCUGUGGCUGUCCCCAGGAAGAGGGCCUGUGAAAAUCUGUUCCAGCUCAACGGGACUCCCAGGAAGGCCCAGAGGGGGACGAGGGAGGCACAUCUGUUCCCCCUGCCCCCGGCCCCUGUCUCUGCCCCAACCAAGGGUCUGUUCAGCAGCAGCUCCUUCGAGGUUGACUCCUUCAGCAGCAUCGCUAACGGCUACUCCUCCUUCUGUAGCACCCAGCCCACCGGCAUGUCCCUGGGUUCCAGGACCGGGCCCUAUGUCCAGAGACGGAGGCCCGGCGAGGUGCCGCGGAGCAGCAGGAAGAGCAGUCAGGAGUUCCUGGUCAAACUGGAUCACGAGGGGGUGACUUCACCCAAGACGAAGAACAGCAAGGCCCUGCUGCUGCUGGGCGGUGGCUCUGGGUUCGGGGCCAAAGGCGUGGGCGGCCUCCCCAGGCCUGAGGCCUACACCCACCCAGUCCUGCUGGUCAAGGACAACAGGAAGGGAGUUUCUGCCACAAGGGCUGAGCUCCACAAGGGUGCCCCUCCUCCACAGAGGAAGGCUUCUCCCUCCCUGGCUAUUGGGGAGUACGGUGUCGGCGAGCUUGGUCUCAGCUGCCAUCGGGACUGCCACAGCUCCUACUCGGACCUGGACAACGAAGAGGAGGAGGAAGAGGAGGAGAGGAGGAGGAGAAGGGGGGCUGCGCUGGCCACAGCAGCCUCUGGAGGACUGAGGACGGCGGGAAGCUUUCUCUCGCGCCUCUCCGUCUCAUCCUCUUCCUCUGGUUCCUCAAGUUCGUCCAGCUCUGGCUCCAUGUCCAGUUCCAGCCUGUGCUCCUCGGAUAACGACUCGUCCUACAGCUCGGAGGAUGAGGAGAGCUCCACACUGCUGCUACAGAGCUGCCUGUCCUCCCACCAUGGCCUGCUGCAGUCCCCUGAGCCCCCGGCUGCAGCCGGACCCCACCAGGGCCAACAGUCCUUCGUGGCCAAGGCCGUGGCCGUAUCCAACACCAAGGGAGGAGGAGCCACCAACGACCACAGUGCCAACAACAAGCUUCUCAAAAGGAAGGAGUGUAGCAGCUCGUCCCCCUCCAAACCCCCCAGAGACCUGGUGAAGAGGCAAAGGGUUAUCCCCGGUGAUGCAGGACCAAGACCCAAGAUGAACACGUUCCUACCGGGAAGACAGAUGUGGAGGUGGUCGGGGAACCCCACUCAGAGGCGGGGGCUGAAGGGGAAGUCCAGGAAGCUGUUCUACAAGGCCAUCGUACGGGGAAGGGACACGGUGCGAGUGGGCGACUGUGCCAUGUUCCUCUCUGCCGGCCGGCCCCACCUACCCUACGUGGGCCGCAUCGAGAACUUCUGGGAAUCCUGGAGCUCCGACAUGGUGGUGAAGGUCAAGUGGUUCUACCACCCAGAGGAGACCAAGUUGGGCAAGAGGCACCGCGACAGCAAGCACGCUCUGUAUCAGUCGUGCCACGAGGACGAGAAUGACGUCCAGACAAUCUCCCACAAGUGCCAGGUGGUGAGCCGCGAGGAGUAUGAGCACAUGGCCCGCGGCCAGAAACCCAGCAGCAGCGUGACCACCCAAGGCCUGUACUAUCUGGCUGGCACCUAUGACCCCACCAGAGGUCAACUGCUCACUGCUGAGGGGGUGGCCAUCGUCUGCUGAGCUGAGGACAUCUUGUCCUCAGGAUACUACUGAACCACCCAUCUGAUGGGAAAUGAAGGUGAAGGUCCCCACAGCUUUGCCUGAAGGACCCCUGGCCUGACUCAGUCCGUAGGAGGGUUCCCAGAUGGGUCAGUCCUGGAGGAAGUGAAGGUCAAGGUGCCUGUGGCUUUGCCUGAAGGACCCCUGGCCUGACUCAGUCCGUAGGAGGGUUCCCAGAUGGGUCAGUCCUGGAGGAAGUGAAGGACCCCUGGCCUUAGUCAGUGCUGACUAGUGGUGGACGUCAGGGCCAAGGCAGGGCUGUCCCCUGUCUACACUGGAUAUCUCAACACAUGUGGCUGCUAGACUGGGGUGUAGUUAGAAGAAGAGGAGGGGGUAGCCAUUCACAGCAGUGAACCCCAUUCUGCUCCCAUCCUCACUGGGUAACUAAAGACAAAGGUCUGGGUCCUGAACAACCAGAAUCCAGGGGGUCAAUGACACCCGACUGACUUUCCAUUGGUCCAACUUAACAUCUCUUUAGUUUAGACUGAGGAUGGCAUGUUUGAGGGACUGUUUCACACCUCAUCGUUACACCACUCACCCAUCAUAGGUCACCAAAUUAGAGCUGAACAUAGGUUUGGAUUGGACAGCUCAAGGCACCAUUAGGUCGCUCCGGACCAGGCCUGUGGUUGCCUCAUUUCAGCUGAGUGCGUGAGUGAGUGAGUGAGUGAGUGAGUGAGGUAUGGGAUGUACUCUCCAUAGUUCGUCUUCAUGAUUCCAGGGAUGAUAAAAUAUAUAUAAGAUGUCCAUGAUAAAGAUGUAAAUAUUUGGGAUAAUUUUUCCAGUCAAGCCAUACACUUCAGUACCUCUUGUCUCUCUUAUGGAUCAGGUGUAUACUGUACAGGUCAGUUAUCUGUUCUUUUUGUUGUUGUUGUCUAUAUGUAUAUAACAACUAUUUUAUAUACAAGUAUAUAUGAAAGGUAUCUUUCCAUGUUUUUUUAUUGAUUUAUUUUUCUAUGAGGGGUGAAUAUGGCUCUUUGUGUUUUUCUUUGGGACGAUGAGCAUAAGAUGUAAAAGUGUUGCACUACACAUGACCUGCUGAGACAGACAGACAGAGAGACAGACAGACAGACAGACAGAGGGAGAGCACAGAAAUGAGAGAAGGAUAUGACAGGAGAUAUGACAUCCUGUUUAAGUGUAAAUGUGUCCUUAAAUGUGUUACUUUCCACAUGUGUUAUUUUGUUUUAUAACCAUCUUUAUUUAUGUACUUUUCAGUUGUUCCUCGCUACAAAGCAGAUCCACGUGGACUGCAUUCACGGGUUACAAAAGAAUACUAUUAACAAGUGAGAAAUACAGAUAUUUACAUAUAUUUAUUUUUAUUAGUAUUGAAAUACAUUCUAAUAUUGCCCUGGCAUCACUUUAACUAUGCCAUUGUGGCAUGCUCUCCACAUCAUUCAAUUCAAAAUGAGUUGGUCUGCAUAUGCAGGUGUAUAGAAGCGCUAUACUUCAAGUACACAUUUGGACCUGUAAAAACCAAAGCUUCUACUCUGUAAGAUCUUCAUGAAGUACUAUGGAAGUAGUACUUAGGAAGAACAUCAAGCAGCUGUGUUAUUCAGAGAUCCCUGGGAACUUAAUAAUCAAACUGUUUCUCACUCUGAGAAUACAAGACAUCCCCCGAUGUGCAUAUAUGGCUUUGCUUUGUGACAAUGGGUUUUCUUGCACACGUACCUGUAGCUCUGUGAGGUCCAAAGUCCCUGUGGCAAAAAUUCAUCAGUGACCUGCAACAGGUGGCUGAUAAGGUCAUACCAAGGUCAAGGUACUGUCAACAUCAAAAAAAGGUUUGAAUAUUGACAAUUUGUUGAAGAUUCGUCAGUUGGGUUUAUUGAUUAAAUAAUAGACAUGCCUCUUAAUUAGGAACACACAUGCACUCAAUGUUAACGGUGAAGGACAAUCAAAUUCACAAAGCAAUGGAUAUAGUUUAAAAGUCUCACUUAAUCAAAAUAUUGCUUUUAAAUGUUUUAUUUUAUUUUGUGCCAAAUACAUUUUGUCUCAGCCUCUGUCGUUUUGAUAUGUAAUCCUGACUAUAUUUUUAUGUUCUUAACGAUGUUUUAUUUGCUCAUCAUCAACCUUUAUUUAUUGUCAAUGUUGCUGUUUGCUCGUCAAGCCAUGAGCUCUCCAUGACAACGUGACGUUGUUUCUCCAUGUGAUGUCACAUUUGGAUGAGUUAAUAACAGUUUGGUCUUUGAAGAGGCUGCACAGUAAAAAGGAAUACAGGAUCACUGGAUUAUUCUCAUCCACAAACCUCUCUGAAUAACUUCCUGUUUGGACCGGACCCUCCUGCUCUCUGUCUGCGGUGGUGCGACUGACUGACUUCAUCGCAGACGUUUCAUUGCAUCAACCAAUAGUUAUGAGCCACAGUCCGACAUCAGAUUGCUAUGUCGUAUGAUGUGGUUAGCAGAUAUGUUAAACACACGAGUGUUGAGAUAUGGCAGGCGUCUGCAAUUUAGUCAGGCAGGAACGCCACCGAUGACUCUGCACCCCGGGUUAGAUCACGGGCUGUAUCACAACCGGCCGUGAUCGGGAGUCCCAUAGCGCGGCGCACAAUUGGCCCAGUGUCGUCCGGGUUCGAGGAGGGUAUGGCCGGUGUAGGCCGUCGUUGUAAAUAAGAAUUGGUUCUUAACUGACUUGCCUCGUUAAAUAAAGGUUAAAUAAGAAGGGAAAAGCUCCAUCUCAGGGUCCUCAUUGUCUGUGACUUCCUGAAAGAUUGACCUCCCAUUUGUUUCAAGCAACAUUUUUUAACUGUCGCAUAAGGCCGAGAUGUGUGUGUUUGUGUGGCCGGGAUGUUUGUGUGUGUGUUUGUAUGUGCAUGCGUAUGUAUGUUUGCGUGUGUGUGUGUGUUUGUAUGUGCAUGCGUAUGUAUGUUUGCGUGUGUGUGUGUGUGUUUGUAUGUGCAUGCGUAUGUAUGUUUGUGUGUGUGUGUGUUUGUAUGUGCAUGCAUAUGGAUGUUUGUGUGUGUGUGUGUGUUUGUAUGUGCAUGCAUAUGGAUGUUUGUGUGUGUGUGUGUGUUUGUAUGUGCAUGCAUAUGGAUGUUUGUGUGUGUGUGUGUGUUUGUAUGUGCAUGCAUCUGGAUGUUUGUGUGUGUGUGAGUGUGUGUGUGUUUGUAUGUGCAUGCGUAUGUAUGUUUGCGUGUGUGUGUGUGUGUUUGUAUGUGCAAGCGUAUGGAUGUUUGUGUGUGUGUGUGUGUGUGUGUGUGUGUGUGUGUGUGUGUUUGUAUGUGCAUGCGU